UCGGGCACAUAACAUGACUGACGAACUCGUGUUGCAUCACAUCUUCAACCCAAACGACCCGUUCUCCGCUGUAGAACAACUAGAAGAAUGUCUAGCCGCAUCCGACAGUCGCACUUCGUCCGACGAAGGACUUGAGAACCUAGUCGAAGCGAAGAUGCUCGAACUAGAAGGCGUGAAGAGCGCAGAGGCAGGAGAAAUCGACACAGCAAUCAGGAAACUGAACAAGACUAUCACAAUUUGUCCGGGCUACGCAUCGGCUUACAACAAUCGAGCCCAAGCGUUACAGUUGCAGGGAGACGUCGAUGGCGCGUUGUCUGACUUGAAUGUUGCCAUUCAGUUGAGUGAAGGAGAAGGUGAAGUGGCGAAACAAGCGUACACUCAACGUGCAAUAGUAAGGAAGAUGAGAGGGGACGACGAUAAUGCCGUGUGUGAUUUUCAGAAAGCAGCUAAUCUAGGCAGUUCAUUUGCAAAGUCUCAAUUGGUUAGAAUGAACCCGUACGCGGCCAUGUGUAAUAAGAUGCUCAGCGAGGCAAUUGGAAAACUGCAGAGUGGCAGAGUGUAAAAAGAGACACUGCGUUCUACUGUACGCACACAGACUCGAACAUAUAAGUUAUAGCAGUGUAGAAAACGGAGUAACAGGAUAAAUAGACUUGUAUACUUGUAGCGGAUGUAUUCUAAAAUGCACUGUAAAAUACACUGUAUCACUGUAUCAAAAA